CAGACAAAUCUCGGCUCUGUUAGUGACAAGUGAUGAUUGAGGGAUUUGUAUUGAACUGUUUGUGUAUGUGUGUGCUUUUGAUAGUGGUAUAAUAAUCGAGAUUCUCUCAAAUUCUGGUUUAGUCGUGCAUUAGUAUCAUUUGUUAUUGAGAAAGAUAGGAAAUUCUAUUGAAUUCAAAUACAAAUUUUUUUGUAUGAUGAGUUCUGCUUCGUUCAAUUGCACUUUAUGAGUCAUCUCUAACUUAAGCAGUGGUUUUAAAUUGACAUUAUCUUGGUAGAGACAGUGUUUGUAGCGACUAAUCAGAACUUAAUGCCUUUUAAUGAAAGUAUGGAGGACUAUGAAUCUGAGGUGUCGGUCAUUGACGUUUAUGACAUUGCAUCUGAAAUUGGUAAGGAAUUUGAAAAGAUAAUAGAUUGCUAUGGAUCUGAAGCUGUGACCGGGCUGAUGCCCAAAGUGAUAACAGCUUUAGAACACUUAGAAGUGCUUGCCACAAAAAAUGAACGUGAAAAUUCUAAUGUCCAAGAUUUGGAAGCAAAGAUACUAAAAUUGGAAAGUGAUAAACUAGAAAAAGCAGAAGACAGACUUCGGUAUGAAAGGGAGCUUGAAUUAAUAGAAGAACAUUGGAAAAAGGAAACUCAAGAUUUAGAAUCAGUUGUUAACACUCUGCAGGAUGAAAACCGCAAGCUGAAGAACGCUCUGGCUGCUAAACAAGACUUACCAGCUCAACAAAUGGCUCCAGAAGUAGAUAUUGCAGCUCUUCAACGCCUUCGGGGAAUGGUUGACCAAUUACGUGACAACCUCAGAAAGGCUGAUCGGGAAAUUAGCUCAAAAAAUUCAGAAAUUGACGAAUUAUCAAGUCAGGUGAAGAGGAUGACGAAUUUGAAGAAAGAAAUGAGUCGCAAGCAGCGGCUAAUGCAGUUCCAGGUGCGUGGGCUUGUGGAUGAGAGGGCAGACUUCCUCGCCCAGAUACAAGAUCUAAGCCAUGCCAAUAUAGCUUUGAGGGAACAACUUGGCGAAGCAGUGCAAGAAAAUGCUCUUCUCUUCAAUGCUUGUAAAGACAACUGUACAGAAGCACAAGAGGAUCCUAACAGACCUCGAUUCACAACAGCUGAGCUGAAAGAGAUUCUUCACGAACGUAACAAUCUGAAAGCAAGAGUCAGUGACUUAGAAGACGAACUAGAAACUUUUCGUCCCAAACAAGAACCAGAGUCGCCCUUGGACGAGGAUUCAACCGUGCAGGGACCUCUACCCUACGAACCUGAUGAUGCUCCAUGGAAGAAAUCUGAUUCUGGAAUCCGCAAAUUGUUCACUAAGUGGUUUUCAGCCAAUUUGGUCACUUUGCUGAAGGGGAAGCGUUCUGCUCAUAGUCAAUUGGAGCGGUCUGGCGUUAUGGAUGACUGUGCAGUGUGUUCUGGCUUAAAAAUAGAGUUUUCGAAAACUGUUCAGUGAAUCCAACAUUACUUUCCUUGGAAGCAGUCCAAAGCGCAGUCUGUCCUCUCUGUCAAAGAUAGCUUUGGCUGGCAGCUCUUCAGUUGAAGCUGUUGUUUGAAUUCAUGAUCCAGCUCUUAUUUAUGUUUAUUUAUAUUUAAAGAAUAUGUAUUAUCUUGUAUAGUAAUAGUGAAAUUAUUUAAUAGUAUAAUAUUUGUUAUGCGAUAUUUUAACAAGUAUACCAUUAAUAUAUUUAAAGGGCCCAAAUAUCCAAUAAUGUAAUAUUGUGGAUGUGAUAUAAUGUCACAGCCAAAAUAAUUAGUAAUAUUUUUGUAUGUGCACUAAAAGCCUAAUUUAACAACAUAGUGUAUAAUUUUAUCUGCAUUAUAGGCAGAAGUCAUUUAUAUCCUGCUGUGCUUAUUUGGAGAUAAUUGCACAAUUUAAAAUAAUAUACAAGUGGAAACUUUAAAAGGUUUGAUAACAACAAAUCCUACAGUUAACUUUUAAAAUAACUUAAAGAUCAAAAUGUAAAGCAGUUCAACAAGUUUUACAGUUUAAAUUUCAUAUAAAUUGUAUAAACCAAAAAUUGUUUCUAACAAUGCCUUUAUUAUUGUUUUAAAAAUUUACACAUAUUAUUCAUUAUUUUUGUGUUCUAAUAACUAGACUAUAUCAUUAAAAAUGUUUGAUUUCUUUUUCUGAUCCAUGCCAAUGACAAAGAAAUGUUAAAACUAAUCAGUAUUUGAUUAAUUGGUUCUUUGUGGAAUUCACCAGAUAAAAUAAAACAUUUGGCAGUUUUAAAAGUUCAGCCAGAUAUUUUUCCAAAUAAAUGAAAAAAUAUGAAUCUUGUAAAGAUAUAAGAUUUGGAGUAAAAUUUUAUAACCAAGUGUAAAUUCAUACAUUAGAGUCCCAUCAUGUCAACGAGGAUUUAUCGCAUUCCUUGCAGUUUAUUUCAAAGUGUAUUUCAGUCUGGCUUCUAUUGAGUCCCUUUGAAAGCUAGAUUCUAAGCCAAAACUCAGCAAAUAAUAAAUAAUCAUACUAAACUAAUCAUCUGACAAAAGCAAAGUAUUUCCUGUUCCUGAAUCAAACACACUUAUUAUGGUAUCUUACAUUGUUGGAUAUUGAUGACUACCAGAUAAUGUGUACGAAUACAAAUUGUAUUAAUUAGCCUCUAUUGUAUUUAAAUCACCAAUGGGCGCAUGGAACCUGUAAUGCCAGUGAAUGCUUGCAGUCUUUUUGACCACGCUUUUAGAAAUAAUUUGAAAUAACAAAGAACAUCUCUUAUAUGCUGACCAAACAACAUUUUCCUUGCUUAGUAAUAUAUUUUGAGAGAGUUAAUAAAGAAUUAUUACAAUUCAAAGAAUAUUCAAAUUAAAUAUUGUAAAUAACAAUUAAAAAUAACAGCAAUAAUGUAAUUAUUGAGUUCAAUAGAGAGUUAAAUAAAGUAAUAUUCAAUAAAAUAAAAUAUUGUAAUUAUGAUAAACAUGGGUAGAAAAUCACAAAAAUUUAAAUGUAAUAAUAAUAAUAAUAAAAAUAUAAAUUAGAGAGAACAAAAUCAGGAAUCCAUAUGUUAUGCAUACUGAAUUUAGUUUCAAAUAAUGUUAUUUAAUAUUUAUUAUUUUAAAUAUCAUCCUUCACUCGUCACUUUGUGAAAUAUCAUCCUUCACUCGUCACUUUGUGAUUCCUCAUCUUUACAAUAUUAUACACAAAAUUUGUAAGUAGUAUAUGUUCGCCCCACAGGUAUCAUAUUGGGUUUUUAGUUUUCCUGAUAUUUCUUUAUUCUUUUUUCCAUACUACGUAUCAAAUGUCCAAGUUAUUGUUCUUCAUGGAAGUUUAUUACUACAAAUUUAAAAACUAUAAUCAAAAUAAUUUUUUCAAAGGGAAACUUGCGAUGGAAAAGACUCCUGUUCUCUGAGAUGCCUAUGAGAAAGACUUCGCUCUUACUUCUGUUAAAAGACAAUAAGUCAGACUACACCAUUGUUUCAUACACUCACCUGAACAAGUAAAUGUAAGCGAAAAGUAAAAGGCCAACCAGCAAAAUAAAUCAAAUUAAAUCAGUAGUUGUGUGAUAUAAGAGACCACCAUGUGCCCAUUGGCAGUUUCAUAAAUGCUAGUUGACUACGAUAUUAAUUCAAAGUGGGGUAAAAUUAUAAUAACAGUAGCAGUGAAAUGUGUACAUGCAAAUCUUUAAAUUGUGACAUUUAAGAAAGGCUAGUAUGAAUUCCAUUCCAUAAUUUAAUAAACUAAUGAGACUGUUUAGUAAACAAAGUCCUUUUUCCAUAGUGAGUAUUAUUUUAAUUAUGUUUUAAAUAUUAAUAUUUGUAAAUAUACUAUACUAGCUUGUAAGUGAUUUCUUUUGAGUAGCAGAACUUUAAUAAAGCGGUGCUCUUUUCAUCAUGCACUUUCAGAAUAAAACUACUCAAAUGCACUUGAGUUUUGAGCUACAUGAUUCAAUGUAAUUUUUAGGAGCUUUUUAUGUAAUAUAUGUAAUUAAGCUAGUUUUUAUUAAUAUUUGUUAACCUUAUUUUUACUGUAUAUUAAUUUAUUAUAGUGUAUAAAAUUGGUUUUAGAAUGUAAUUUGAAAGUAUUUUUUUUAACAUAAAUAUUAUUGAAGCAUUUAAGAUGGACGUUUAUUACUUCACAGUUAACAAGCAAUUAAAUUAAAUAAAUUAGUAGCAUGAGUGUUGUGGAAGGUUUAUUUUAAUUGUUUAGGAAUUUGUGUUACUUUAUUGCUCAUACUGAUUGUGCCAGUAUGGUCGGGUGUCAUAUAGCCAAAUUAAUGUACUUAUUCUGUCUAUUCAUUAGACACAGGUUUUAUUUUUUUACAAUAGUUGAACUAAAUAAGUUAAUAUAUACAAAACUAUAUUGUUAAAAAUAAUAAAACAUCGAUGCAUAAUGUAUUUGUAUUUUGAGUAAUAUUGCGAAUUUGUUAAAUAAUCCUUUCCGGCCCUUUUUAUUGGUGUGAUUUUACUAUAUGAAGAUUUAAUUAGAUGCCCUCUAGCCUGUAUCAACACAUUCUAUUUUAUUUUUUAACAUAUAAUUAUGACAUCAGAGCCUCAAGCCUUGCCUUCUAGACGGUACUAAUUUUUUGAUUAAUACCGUCUAGAAGGUAAGGCUUGAGGCUCUGAUGUCAUGAAUGUGCUAUUAACUCAAUCAAACACACUUAUGUGCUUGCAUGUAAGGCUCAUUGAAUGAAUGAAUGAAGCGGUGAUUAUAUUUCCUGUCUCUUUGUACAAGUUUACAACACAUAUAUAAUGAACAUAAACAUAAUAAGUUUAUGUUUUAUUGUCUUAUAUCACCAGAAAGACAUAAAACUAUUUACAGUAGAGCUGGGAUGUUUAAGAAGCUCUCUCUACUUGGUUGGGAUUCACCAAGAGAGCUGUUUCCAUCUUCCCCUUUUGACUAGUCUCACCUUCAUGAGAAAUAUUCGGGUUCUCCACAGCCAAAUUCUAUGACAAGCGCCUCCCCCCCUCACUGGGGUACAACAGCUGUGGACUGCUGAAAAACUUAAAUGUGACAGGCAAACCCCCCAGCAUCACCACUGGGGGCUCUAGUGAUUAUAUGUAAAUAAGUUGAUUUUUAUUUGAUCAUAUGAUCACAUUAUGUUUAUUUGAGGUUUAGUGGCGUUCUGCUAAAACCUAAUACUGGGCCAAUUUCAAUUCUAAAUUCUUCAAUUCACCAUUUUGUACUGAUUUUGUGAUGUCAGUGUUUAGAUUAUUGUCAUUAUGCAUUGAUGUUCAUCCCUGGAAUUCCUUAUUGAUCAAACUCAAGUAUGAUGUCAUAUUUAGCACCCCUGCCUUGUCUUAUAAGUGGUAUUAACAUGAUGUGAAUACCAUUUCUUGUUUGUUCUUCACGUAAAUUUAGCAUUUUAAAUUUGUUGUAAGUUCUAGUCAUAUACCACAUUUUGAAAUAUUUCUUUUAUUUCAUAAAUGCUAAGUUCUUGUGAUAAAACCUUUGUUUAAUGUGCUUACAUUUUUAAGAUUAUAGUAACAAAAAUUUGCAAAUUAUGUGCUCUGUAGAAAUAAACUAUUAAAUUAAUAUAUCCCGUAUGAAUAUUUACUUAUCUUCAUUUGUAAUCUUGGUAAAAAAAUACAACAAAUGUAUUAAGGCUGGUACCUUUAAGCUCAAAAAAUGGUGCAAUGAUAUAAAAUAAAUGUACGAGAUAUGAGGACAUAAGUUUUUGAGUAGAUUUGUGCGUGACACUACCUUGGUUAAUCUGUUUAUCUAGACUUUUACUGCAACUGCACUAAAUGGAUAUUCAUGAUUUGAGUUGAAAACAUCUUCAUAGCAGUGGAAGACAUAAUCUCACAUAUUAAUUUUAUCUAAUCCGUGUUAAAAAUAAGGUUUAUUCAUAAAUAUAGUAAGAACGUUCAUUCCAUAAUUUACUUUUAAAAAUAUAUAGUCCAAUGUAAUUGAAUGUUUUUUCAAUUUUAGAGGCAAAUUGAUUUUUAAAAUGGUAAUUGGUGAUGGCAACAAUAAACACCUGUUUCACAUAGAGUUUUAUAUAUUUUCUUAUAUUUAGCAUUACCUUUUUUGAUAGACAUAAACAUACAAUCUAUACACAAUAUACGAAAGCGUGUGUUAACAACAUAUAAUCCAAUGUAUUAAAAUUUGAUUUAUUAUAAAACAUAAAGUCCGAUUGCAUGUAACAUUUUAAGUAGUAAUAGGCUGAAAAAUUCUAUUUCAAUACCGAUACCAAAAUUAGGUCAGCAUUCUUGAUACAGUUAUUAUUAAUAACAAAUAAAUGAAUAGCUAAAGAAUUUGUAUAAAAUAGGAAGAGCAGGCUUACCUAUACCAGACUGAAAGGAUAUUCCUCUUCUUUGCCUUAGAGACAGUAAAAGAACACACUCUGUGAAGAGGAAUAUCCUUCUGAUCAGGUUAUGUCCUGCCCACAUAAAUGCAACAGACGCACGAUGAUGCACAUACAUAUCUGAUAAAGAAAAUAAAAACUGAAAUCCAAUAUUACUUACAAAAUUACUAUAACUUGUUGAUUUGGUUAUUUGUCUAUAUUUUGUUAUACAGGAAGUACAAUAACAAUACAUUUUAGCAAUCGGUAUUUUUGCACUGCCACACAGCUCUUGUCCAUGAGUAGAUGCAACAGAAUCGCAGUGAUGCUUAGUCUUAAUUAUAUGAGAAUACGAACUGUGAACAAAAUAUUAUUUUUUAAAUUAUGGUAAUUAUUGUAUGUAUGUAUGUUUAUUUGUACACAAUUUACGAUAAUAACACGAUUUACGGGAAUUUGUGUACUGGCGAUCUUGCUGUUGUAGACUUAUUUCAAGAUUCAGCUUCUACACAUCACCAUGAUCGUAUUAGUACUUCACUAUUAUGAAGUAGUGACUUUCCAAUCGUAACCUUAAUUCUCAUGUAUAAGUAUUUCUGGUGAUUUUAUUCAGAUUUUUGUAAUAAAAUAUUGGUAUUGGAAUCAAGUAAAAAGAGCCACAGUAUUGAGAAUUGUUGAUACCCCUAAAAAGCAAGGUAUUGUGAUAUCGAGUAUCAGAAUUGACCCAUCCCUAGUUUUAAGUAUUAUCAUUAACUAUAUGACAGUUUGAAAUGCCACUUCAUAAUAAGACUGUAGCCUUUUUCUGUCACAACUUCAGCUUUCAGUGAUUGUAUGAGUUAACACAUAUGGAAGUGAAAGAUUAAAGACCAUUCUUUCUGGUUGGAAUGGAAUGCUUUUUUGUUAUACUGAUUAUGAGGUUAUCAUUCAACAACCAGUUAGUUUUGCUUUUUCAAUCAUUGGAAUCUAACAGUAGAAGAACUGUGUUUUGUUAUUGCUUUUCAAAUCACAUACGAAUAUCAUGAAUUUUUUGGUAAUCACACAUCACAUAUGAAAUAAAACAACUUUAAAGUGUUUGGUAAACACCAUAAAACUGUGACGUAUUAUGAAGUUAAAAUUACUUAAAUCAAAAUCAUCGUUAAAGAAAGUAUUUUAUUUUUGUAUUAGAGUUUAAACUAUAGUAAAUAAUCAAUCAGAAAAUAUAAAGUAUGCUAUACAAUAUAUUGUACGGCAUAAUCUGUCCCUGGAUUGUUUACAUUCCUAACAAAACUAACCAUACCUAGAUGACAUGCCAUCCAGAAAUAAGCUUAGAAUAAAUUUUAGAGUGUUUAAUUUUGAACAAUUUGGUAUAUUUUAAUUUCAUUUAUAGAACAUUAGAUCUUCUAUAAAUCAUUAGAUCUUUUUCUAUAUAAUCUUAUCCAUUGGUAUAUUUAAAGAAUUGAGAUGUCUUAAAAAUAUUGUUGCGUUAUUAUAUAAAAAUGUCAUUAACCAAAAAAUUCUUUAGUGCAGUUAUAGUGAGAGACUACAAAAUUAGAGAAUAUAUGUGAGAUAUUAUCUAAUAAGCCACGUGUAGCCUGCUACCCAAGAUGAUGUCACAGCAAAUGGCCAAUACUUCUUUUAUUACACCAUGGAUACAAAAUAUGCGUAAAAACAAAACUGUGUAUAGAGUGUUGAAAAAGAAUAAUCAGUUAUUGAAAUAUUUAAUUCAGUAAUGAUUUACAAAGACCACAUUGAUGAAUUCUUUUUAGGGACUUCAGUGUAAGCGAACAUUAUGUAUACUUGUAACGUGUCUCUACUUCUGAUAAAGGAAGUAUACAGCAACCCGACUUGGUAUAAUAGCAUACUAUGUACGGUGUGUUAACACAAAUUGAUGUAUACUUUUUGUAUUUGAUUGUAUACUUUGAAAACAGUUGCAAACUCCUAGUUUAGCAAUUUAAAAAUAUAUAGUCCUCUCAAAUCUUUUUGUAACUUUUAAAACAACCUGUAUACCAAUGAAUAAAUAAUCAAAUAAUUACCUCACAAAAUAAUAAGAGACGCCAUAUAGUUUUUUUUAUUAUUUAAGGCUAGUUUUCAUAAAGUAACUUCCAUUAUUCUAGUAAAACUUGAAUGUAGCUGUCCUCUAGUCAAGAUUAUUUAGAUUUUUGAUGUGUUACUGAUACAUUUUAUAAGCUAAAUUACCACUCAUAUAUUGUGUCAAAUCAUUAGUGGUAAAACUAGUUGUUUAUAAGAAAUAAAAACAAAUAGGGAAAAAUAUGUAGCAAACAUGUAAUUCACUUAAUAAAUAAGAAAGGAAAAGUAGGCUUCAUACAUAUCUUUCUUUCAUUCUCAUACAUUAUAACUUCCUUCCUUUCUUGUGAAUUGUCUUGACUUUGGAGUAUCACCGGGUUUUAGUGCCUAAUGUCUCAAGGUCAGAAAUUAAUAUUUUCUUUGAGGUACAGUAAAUUAACCAAUGUUGCAAUAAUAUUUUUAAGCAAAUUUUUGUAUAGUGUGUUCUGACGAUCUUAGUAACCUGGAUAUUACUGGAAUGCAGAGUUUAGUAUAGUCACGUCUUCAUAAUGAAUAUAUUAUUAAUAAAAAUAAUGCAAACUAAUCAAACUCAUGGAAAUAUUGUAACCUAAAAUCUUAUGUUUAUUACAUGGGGUGUCUUUUUUAAGUAAGGACCAUUUUAUUUAAUAAAACAAAAGAAAAAUCUUAUUUCCAAACCAAUUUUAGACUGAUUAUUGAUUACUAAAUAUCUUCAUUAUUCACUUAGUUACCUUGUGUUUUUAGAAACUUUUCAUACCUUACAAAUAAAUUGUAAAAAUCCUCUUCAUAGAAACUUGUUGCCUAUCCAGAAACAUUUCACAGCCAUUCUCUUUUUUGCAUUAUUGUUGUAGUGCUUCAAUUGGUUGAAUUGCUGAAAAAGGUGGAGUAUCUGUGAUUACUGGUAGCCUCUAUUGAUCACUUGGACAUCAAAUGGCCAUGAACAUUUUGAUUGCUGUUUUUAAGCUUUCUGAUCUAUUUUGACACUUUUCCUUGAUCGAUGGGAUUGGGAUCGAUGGCAUUGGGAUCGAUACUUCUCACAAAUUUGAUGGUGAAUGUAGUUGGCACGUUACAUACCAUCCAAAAACCGUAAUUCAUUAACCGUAUCAAACAAUUGGUGGGUCAUUCAAUAAAGAAUAUUUUAAGACACAUGACAAAGCAUAUGGGUUAGCUGCAGAACUGCCACCUGGUUGUUGGUGUUUAAUGACGGGAAGUGACACACACUCCUUGCUGUGCACAAGGAAACUGCAAGAGUAAAACAGAAAAAGGCCCUUACUUAAAAAAUGUGCCUCAUAGUAACAUGAUAUUAAUAUUGAAUGAUUACUAACUUUGAUGAAUAUUCAGUAAAGUUUUAUUUUUAUGUAGGUAUUUAUAAUUUGUAUCUCACUCUAGACACAAAUUAAUCCAUUGAGUAAGACUGAUGAACUAAACUCAUACUGCUAUGUUUUGACCAAGAGUUAAAAGAUGAAACUGGCUUUUUUCAAAGAACAUAUUGUUUGUUUUUGUUACAGACUGAAAUUAUGUUGCCAGAUAUUCAUAGUUGUGGCUCUGAUUUUUUUGUUCUUUAUGAUCAACAGGCUAAUCUUGUUUGUUUGUGUACAGUCAGUGGUUUGUUUUGUAUUGAAUCAUGUUUAUGUUUGACAAGAAAUUAAUUAAACUAUUUUAUAUAUAAAGAUUUCCAUUUUCUUAAUAUAAAAAUCUUUCUUCAAACUUAUAUCCUAUUUAAAAAAAUACUUUGCUUUCAAGUUUCGACAAAAUAUUUCUUAGAUAAUAAGUUUAAGGAAAUAAAAAAACAAAUUUUUUACUUUAACUUAAUUAAUUUACUUUUUUGUUUAAUAAAAGAACAAGUCACUACAGUUUAACUAAAACUUAAAAACUGUUAUUUUAUUAAUGCUGCUAAUGUGUAGUAGAGUGAAAAAUAUUGCUUCCUCAAUGGAUUAAACCUCUGUACCAGCAUAUUUAUAGAUAAGGUUAAAUGUAUUGUCUAGUUGUAUAUUCAGGAAUUUAUUUCCACUGUAAAAAUCAGUAUUAAACAAAGUAUUAUAUAAUGGUAGCCUAUUGUUAAAAAUUUUAGUUAAACAAUUGAAAUUGAAUAAUAACAGGUAAAUCUAACUGAGUUUUAUGAUAAAAUCCAGGUUUUAUCCAAAUUUACCUAUUUCUAAUAUCAUGGUUAAGUAAAGAAGUAUUUUGUUCUCUGUUUGUACUAGUCCUGGUGCCAACGGUCAAGUUUUAUAAAUAAGAGUAAUAAUCUCUCAUCAAGAAUGUAUUAUUUUUGUACAAUGUUUAUUUGUUUAUCAGGCCUUUUAUAUUGUAUUUGUAGUGAAUUUACCUUGUGCUAAUCCACAAUAUGUGUGUUGUUAAAUUAGGAUGUGUGAGAUUAGACAAAAUUACUUACUCAUUUGUUAUAGGCUUAGUGUGAGUUGUUCAUAUCACAUAAAUAAUUGUUUAGUUAAAAGGCAUAUAAGUUACAACCAAUCGUUGGGAAAAUAUGAAUGAAUACUAUAUACAGUAUUUAGUAACUACUGUAGAUCAUAGCUUUUGGCAUCUCUCCUGUCGGCUACACACAGCUUUGUCAAGAUCUCCCUAGUACAUGAGAAACAAACAGAGUUAGUUAUGAAACAAUACUCUUUUAUAUUUGAAUAAAAUAUUUAAUUUUUAGUAAAAUCAGUAAAAAUUAAUUUCUAUGGAUAUGGUUUUAUUUUUGGCUUUUUAACUCUGCCAAAAUUAAUUGACAGCAAGAUUUGUUUAAUUGAGUGGUAAGAGAAUAUGAUGGGGCUCUGAAAGCUGGGUUUAUAAAUAUAAUGUUCUUACUAAAUUAAAUAUGAGGAUUGUUUCUCAUUACUAAUAAAAUGAUAAUUACCUGUUCUUAUGGGUAUAGCGGCCAUUGCUAAGAAAACAAAGUGAAACAAAAACGAGUGUGGCUACUUUCUAACUUAGCCUGGUAAAAUAAUCUUUAACUUAAAAUUUUAAUAAAUGUUAUGAUAAUUAAUUAGAUUUAUCAUUUCAUUAUAUUAUUACCAAAAUACAUGCAAAUUUAUCAUAGUGAAGGGUGAAUAAUUGCAGGUUUUUAGAAUGAUACUGGUUUUUGGCUUCAAAUUGCAAAAGUUUGAAUUUGUUUAAAAGUCUAUACCACACAAUUAAUAUUAUGUGUUAUAAGCUGUAGAAACAUAUAAAAUAAUUUUAAAAGUCACACAACUAAUAAUUACAACAAAAAUACUUUAACUUUUAGAAACUGGUACUCAACUUAUGCGAUUGUUCUCUCAGAUCGGGGCCACAAUUGGUGCCAUGGCAAUUUUAUUUAAUUAGGAUGAGAAAUUUACGGUCUUUCAGCUCAGUGGGCCAUAUUUAGUGACCCACAUUGAGUGACCCACUUUAUUAUGCAGUUAUAAAAUUUAAUCCUUAUCCAGGUAUGGCUGUAACGUUAUGUACUCUCUCAGACAAAUAAGGAACUAAACUCAUAUUUCCACUAUUUGAAAUACAUACCAUAGCAAACAUUGUUUAGAGUUGUUUGUAAAUCUGAGUGCUAGUGACACAGUUGCUGUUAUGUGUAUCCUAUAAAUGUAUUAAGUAAAACUAUAGCUUAAAUCAUACUACUUUGUAUGUUUAUGAGAAAAGUAUGAAUACAAUUUUAAACUUAAAGCUAGUAGACAUUGUAAGUAUUUAAGAAAUGCUUUUAAAUCCCAGUAAUUUAAAGCAUCAAAGCUCAAAUACUGACAUUUAAAUCUGAAUCAGAGUGACAUACAUGUUUGAGCAGUCACUGAGUGGAGACUCCGAAUACAACCAGUUCCCAGGUGUGUCCUGCCGAGCUUAGAGGACAACUACCUGUAAUUUCACCUGAGGUGUGCUAGAGAUCAGUUAAUGCCACACUUAGUGGUCUGCUGAGACUAAAGGCGUAAUAACAACUAACACUGUACAUAAAUGGUUCACUUGGGGGUUGCCAGUCCACUGUAUGCCACAUGGCCUUUACAUAUCUGUCAGCUCAUAACAAACAAUAUUACGCAUAUGAACUAUAGAAAAUGAAAUAUAAAUGGGCAGUACACUACUGCCAAUUAAUUCAUAUUACUUAGGUGGUUAAUGCCAGAUUAUGGUGGGAAAUUGACCAAUGACUGUGCCGUGUCUAUCAGUUUACAAUGGAUUAGAUAAACUGAUAAUUGGUUUCCAAUUGGUCAGUGUUAUCGGCUAUCAGUUAGGGCUUAAGUAAAUUUUAACUGUGAGUCUUGAAGGGAUAACCCAUUUUCUAUCCAUUAUUUGAUCUCUAUAAUUCACUUUCCUGCUGGUGAUUCUCAGCAGAUUCCUAAUUUCCACAGUUUUACUACCUCAGUUAUUUCAAUAAACCAGUAAUAAGUGUAGACAAAGCUUGCUUCUUGCAAAAGCGUGUAAUGUGUUUAGUACGCACACAAGAGGUGCUGACUGCUGUGAUGUAGAGAUUUGUAUGAAAAUAGCAUUCACUUUUCAAAUAGAUCUAGUAUAUUUGUUUCUUUGAUGUAUGGUAGCUUCUAUGUAAGGCCUAAUAAUUUAAAUAUAUUAAUAUAAAUGUUAUAACUAUGAAUUGUGUCUUGGUUUGUCAGAAACGAUGCAGGAGUGAUAUACAUAACUGAGCACUCAAAGUGCAACACUGAAGUGUUAAUGUUCUUUUUGGAAUUUUAGUCUUUGAAACAUUCGUCUUAGACACCUGAAGUUAUCACCCACUUAAAUUUUCAUUAACUUAUUCUUUAAUGUUUUGAAUAAUUAAAGUGGGUAUUUCGUAAUAUCAAAGUAGUAAAUUAGAUGAUCCAAUUAUUCAAUGACAUUAGAGUGACAAAACGUUGGGCUUGUGCCAUAUAGCUAAUGAUGUGAAGAUGAAUAGACUGAAAUAAUGAAAUGGCCAAACACUUGCAUUCUUUUUGUAUGGGAAAGAGCAGUUAAAUAGAACCUAAUUUAGUUCAAUUUUUUCAUACAAGAAGCUUUAUACCUCCUCAACUCAUGAACCUCAAUAUUGUUUUGUCAAUAUUCUCAAUAAUCAAAAAGCCAAUAUACAUAAAAAUGUUUUAAUUAAUUACUUGAAGUGAUGAGUAUUAGUCAACUAAAAAUACAAUGGUGUGUAGGAGGAGUAGAGGGAUAAUGCCCUAGAGUUCACCCUCCAUUAACUACGUACUCUGACAGGGAAUCCCUGCUUUGUGUGUCUCACAGUGUUAAUAUAAAUUUGGGUAUUGAAUUUCAAUUGGAUUCUUUCAUGAUUGUUACAAUGAAAGUAUUUAUAUAUUAAAAUGGCAAUUAUGUUUAAGUGUUUAUAAUAGGAGCUAACUAUCAUAUACAAGUUUUUUUGUUUUAUUAAGAGAAAACAACAGUACUGUUACUUUAUGUCGCCAAUCUUUGUGAAGGAACUUACUUAUACCUUAAGAUUUACUUCGAGGUAACCAGUCUAUUAUGGUAUUAGUAGAAUGUAAAUGUCUACAUUGCAUGUCUCUAAUAAAUAUGUUAAAAUCAUAAAAUUAGAGAAGAAAUUAUGUUACAAUGUUCUAUAAAAACGUACUGAUAUAUCAAUAAUACUUGUAAACAUAUCAGUGAAACAAAUAGUGAUAUAAGUUACAGGUCCAUAUAUAAAUCAAAGUGUUAUAGAGCUUCAACUAAAUAUUGUUGCUUUAAAUCCAAAUAUUGUAUUAAAAUUUAGUUUAAUAGUUUAAACCUUGAUCGGUUUAGGAAGUGUAAACUUUACAUUUUGGACAAAUUAUUCUCAGAUCCAUUAAUACAGAUGGAUAUAUUUCUGUGAUCAGGCCUGGUUUAGUCAAAUUAUCCAGUGCAAGAUACGUUUAUUCGUGUUUGUGUAAUGAAUAUGUUUUUGUUAUUGGAGUAACUUAAUAGAUUUCUACAUAUCUCCCAAAAAAUGAAAUUACACAGUAAUAAGAAAUUAUAAAUGAAUAAUAGUGGUUAAUAAUAAAGAAAUAUUUUUACAAAAUUUUAUUAUUUGAUUUAAUUUCCUUUGAAUUAUAUGGCAUCACUCUUUUACGUUGUUUUGAUUUUUGUGUGUGCUAAAUCCUCAAAAGAGUAAUUCCAUAUAUGAUCAAUAUUAAUCACCCCCUGAGUCAAAUCAGUUAACCUUAUUUCUGUUGCAUUCAUUUUUGCCAAUAAUAAUAAUAAUAAUAAUGGAUUGAGGGGUCAUGGACCUCUCAAGCCCUCCUUUCCGGAAGACAACAUGACAAUGUAAAGUAGCAAUAAAAUAUUUAAGAUAGAUUGGACUUUAAAAGAUAACAUGAAAAUUUUGAGGCAAGGAGAUGAAUGAACUAGUGCAAGCAGUUGCUCGGAAAGAGAAGACAUGAAAGCAGCCUUAGCCUAUUAUUCACAAGAAGAAUAAUAAGGUCACAAAUUACGCAGGUGAUCCUUAUUUGGAUUGAUUCUUCUCUACUUCCCUUGAUAACAUAAAAAGAACACAUAGCUAUUAGUUUGAAGGUCAAUGAGUUUUAUCUGUGUGACUUGUGCGUCUUUUUUGGUGGCUUGGUGAUGUACUUUUCCUUACUGGAAGAUUUGUGCUAGGUAGCCUUCUUGGUAGCGACAGCUGGCUUUUUCGCUGCGGCAGGUGUUUUGGCAAACUUCUUCUCUCUUUUUAUUUUUUUAGGUCGGGGCUUUCUUUAUGGCCUUCUUGAUGGAUUUACUGCUGGUGGACUUAGCUCCUUUGUAGGGAUUUUAACGAACAACCUUAACGAGCCGAUGGCACCCUUGUCUUUCAGCUGUGUGAGAGCAUUGGAUGCUACAGCCGAUUUGAGGUACUUUCUGAUAAACGGAGCCAGUUGCUUGGCUUCCACCUUGUACUUGACCAUGAUGUACUUCUUAAUUGCCUGCUCCUGCACUCUUUCAGGUCGUUGAUGGCUGCUAUGUCUGAAAUUGGAUGGUGAACUGGUUUGGUGCAGAGCUUCCUGCUGUCUUCACCUUCUUUGACGUAGAAGUUGUGUGUACUGGAGCUGUGGUAUAGGAGUCUGAUAUUUAAUCACCCUGGUAUUGAAAUAUUGAAUAUGGCCGAUUCCACUACUACAGCACCAGUGCCAGCUGUUCCCACACUGUAAAAGGGAAAGAAAAUGGAUGGCAGUAAGAAUUCCAGCUUCAAGCCAGCUCACAUUCUGAUGUAGGACAUGGUGAUCUUGAAAAGAAGAACAUGACAGCCAUCAAGAACCUGAAAAAGGGCAACAGCUAGUCUGCAGGCGAUCAAGUAGUUCAUCAUGGUCAACUACAAGGUGGAAAUCUAUAAGUGGACACUGAAAAACUGGCUCUGUCUGUCAAAAAGUACCUCAGAUUGGCCGUACCACCUUGUGCUCUCACCCAGCUAAAUUGAAAACGCGUCAUCACGGUGGUGUUCAAGCUUUUGAUUAAAUCCUUUGCUGAAGGAGCCAAGUCCACCAUUGGUGAAACUGUCGAGAAAGCACCGGACAACACGAAAGAAGGGAAGAAGCCGGAGGUUGCCAAUAAGUCUGCUACAGUCGGAAACCAGCAGCCCCAAUGACCAAGAAGGCUGCCAAGCUAUUUAAACUUUCAGGAUAAAACUUAAUGAGGACAUACUCACAGAGAUAAACAAGAACACUUUGUUUUUUAUAUCUUACUCUGUUAUGUAGUGAGAGACAUCCACACCUGGCCACUGUACACAUGAUGAUGAUGAGAUUUAUUUGUAUUUGGUUAAAAAAUAUGACAUGAACAAAAAAUAAUAUUUUUGAAAAGGGAACAUUACAAAACCCACAUUACAAAACUUAAACUCAAUUAACAUAAUAUCUACGGUGUUAAAAAUGUAAUUAAUUACUCAUACUCAUAUAUAAAUGAUCUUAAAACCAAAGUUACCUUGGUUUAAAGAAUCAAAAGCUACAAAACUUAUUGGCCCAUGCAUAAUUUUUAAUUGAUUGCUCUCUCAAUUAGAAUAUGCCACAAAUCUUAUAUGAAAAUGUUAAUCUUUGUUCUGGUGUUCAUUAAGCUUUUCUUGAGUCUUUGUAUUUGAGUUAUGUUACCAUUAGUUAUAUAAGUUAAAUUGUUUAUUAUCACUAAGUUGUACAAAAAUAAUACCAUAUGUGUUGGCUAUUAUGUGUACAAGCUACAUAACUUUUGAGCCAGUCUGUUAUGUAUAAAAAUAAUAAAUUUUAAAAUCAAAAUAAAGAACGUAUUAGAAUUUAAGAUUAUAUUGUGAUUUUUUAGUGCCAACAGGUAAGUUAGUAUUUUGAGAGAAUUUUUCACCAUGUUGCUUGUGAAGGUUUUGUGAUUGUAGGAUAAGAAAUUAUAUCAAGAUGUAGCCAGAAAUCUAAUUGAAAACAAUUUAGUUCGAAAAAGUAAAUUUGUUUGUGCUAUUUGAUAGGUGAGAACAAGAAACAAAGUUAAAAUAAAUAUUGUUUCACUUAA